AUGACGGUGACUCCGUCGACUUCCGAUGUCGCUGACAAGGCAGUAUCGACGGACGACGGUGGCAGCGGAAUAGAGGUGACACGUCUCGAAGCGGUUCUAGCUGCUCUCGUGGAAACGAAGGUGGAAGCGAUUAAAGCUUCCUCGGCGUUGAGUAAGCGUUCCGGUAGCGCGCCGGCCAGUCCUCGCCGGCAUAGACUAACUUCUACUUCGACUGCCUCCUCUUCGUUGAAUCACCAACAUCGAAGGAAGAGUCAUCAUCAUCACCAUCACCAUCAUCACCAUCAUCACCAUCACCAUCAUCAUCACCACCACCGCAAGAGGCAUGAUUCCGCUCCGUGCAACGAGUUCAUUGGAGAUGUUGCAGAUCAUCAGCACAAUGCUCAUCAUGGUAAAACCAGGCGAAAAGCAUCAGAGAGCCCACGACGUCCAAGAAAGAAGCGUAAACAUUCAAAAAGCCCGAACAUCAUUCACGGUGUUGUCCGGGACGUCCAAGCUGGUCUUGAUUCACGUUUAGAACUUUUUGGAAUGGAUGGUGAUCAAGACCUUACAUUGAUAAACUUCGAAAGGACUCGAGAGACUCUUAGCGAUUCCUGCGAAUAUCCGCAGUUGCACCGAAGUGCCUCCUAUUUUCCCCAAAGUACAGCUCAAUUAAAAAUCCACUACGACGAUGACGAUUAUGUAGCAUUAAACGUAGCGGACGAGUUGGAAGAAGAGGAAAUCUUGAGCGGUCCCGAAAAGAUCGAGGCACCUCGGGAGAAGUAUCACCGACCCCGUAGAAAGAAAAAACGGAAACGACGUAAGGUUAUCAAUACUGGUCCUCAAGAAGAGCUCGUCGAUCCUGAAGAACUUCCGCCACGCGCACGUUGGACGAUCGUCGCAACUGCUUGCCUCCUUCUUACAAUGUCUUUGCUUUUGGUCGGAGUUACACUCAGAAUGGCGCCGAUUAUCGACGACAUGGUGCGCAGAGAAAACGAGGAAUUAUUGAAUUCUCUGAACAGAGUCUUCGUAGCCGAAAAUUCAACAGUACCUCCAUAG